AUGGGUACUUCUGCGAUAGUUGGACCUGAAUCAUCAACAGCCAUACCUUUUGGCAAAAGAGUCAAGGCUAUGUGGAAUGGUGUUAUUAUAGCAGAUAGUGAUAAAGCAAUUAAAUUCGACAAUAAUAUUUACUUUCCACCUGAUUCUAUCAACAGACAAUAUGUCGAAGAUUCAUCUACUCAUACCACAUGUCCUUGGAAAGGUGUGGCGUCUUAUAUGACGAUCGUUGUAGGUGAUGAGGAAUUUGUGGAUGCUAUGUGGUAUUAUCCAAUGCCCAAAGAGGCAGCCAUAGAUAUUAAAGGUUAUUUUGCAUUUCUACCAGAUGUGCAGAUUGUAGAAGAUUAA